UUCUCCAUUUUCUCAUUGAUAGUAUUCUCUCUCUCUAUAGGUAUAUAAACACAUAUAUUUGUUUUUUUGGGGGCCAAGAGGGGUUUAUUUACAAAAUAACAGUUUAUUUACAAAAUAACAGUUUUUUUAGAGGGUAUUAAAAAAAUUUGGAGGGGCAACCCUAGCCCUGCUUCCGCCGCUGGCCAAUAUAUAUGUGUGUGUGUAUGGUGUGGGUUUGCAAAAAAGAAGUGAAAAACAGAGAAGUGAAUAAGAGCUUUGUUUCUCUGACUCUGUUUCUCCUUCUGUUUAUUGCUUUAGUUAAAUAUCUCUUUCACAGAGAAGUUUUCAAUCAUCUUAUAUGGUUUCUUAUAUAUCUAUAAUACGUUAUAGCACGAAAUCUUUUCUCUGGAUAAUUGAAAAAAAAAAAAACAUCUUUUCAGUUAGCAAGAUUCGUGCUGAUAACGUAUUAUAAAUAAAGAAGAAAUCAAGAACAGAGCAGACGAGCUGAGCAACCAGAACAAGAGCAAGAAGAAGCUCCGACUUCAAUCUCGGCCCUAACCCUUUCCCUCCCUCACUCUCCGCACUCUUUCUCUCCCUACUCACCGGGGCCCUACGACGAGGAUCCGCCGUCCAAGCCGCCGACGCUCUCCUCACCUCCAACGCCGAGGUUCGAUCCAAAUUCUCCCACCGUCGCCCGAAUCAACGACGGCAGCUUCGUUAAUCCGAUCUCUCCACAGCCUCCACUCAGACCUCAACAAAAACGAUGACUAUCAUGCAGUGAUGGCAGGAGGGUUCAAGGUUUGAUUUUCCGGCGAAGGUUGUUGUGGUGAGGUGAUGAAUUUGGGUAUUGGAUAAUUGGGUUUUGUGGGUUUGUUUCAAUCUGGGUUUUGCAAAGGUGAGGGUGAUUUAUGGUAGGUGUAGGUUGCGGUUGUGGUUUUUCCUUUUCUCUUUUGUUUUGACAUUAGAGAGUGUUUGGUUUGUAUGUUUUGUAUGUUUGGUCAUACAUCAAUUACAAGAGAUACGAAGAUGAAGCAUCAAGAUUAGAGUAAGAGAGAAAUGGGUUUCUUUCUUUGUGUGCAUAGAUUUAGCCACAGAUUUCAACAAAAAUUAUUUCAGCUGAUUAAUCAAGUGGGUCCAAAAGGACCAGAAUCCUCUCCUGUGCAACAGGAGAAUCUGUUUCCUCCGGUUUUCAUUGCAGCAGUCGUAAAAAGGGCCAAACAGUACUUUGGUUAAAAAAGGUACACAGCGACACAUAUACGAACAAUACACAUAUAAAAAAUUAUACAUACAUACAUACAUGAAAUUUUUCCUAUUGAAAUUGAAGCGGCAAAUUAAAAAAUCCAAAACAGAUUUAGAGAACAUCGGCGGAGAAGAGGAAGGCACAAUUGCGAAUCGGACCUUCUAAAUUUCUAAUCUUGUUUCUUUUCUUCUCUUCCGAUUUUUCUUCCUUCUUUCCAAAUUUACAAUUUCUUUCCAAACAUUUCAUUAAAUGUCGGAGAAGAGGAAGGUACAGUGAUGAAGGUAUGUUCUUAAUCUGCUUUCUUCUUCUCUCCCUAAAUAUAGAAUGAAAUACAAUUUAUCUUCCCAAAAAAGUCUCAGCUUUCCUUAAUUUUGUUUUUUCCAAAAUUACAAUUUGUUUGGAAAUGUUUGAUUGGAUGUGGGGAAGAGGAACCUUCAGUGUCGGAGAAGAGGAAGCUACAGUGACGAAGGUAUGUUCUUAAUCUGCUUUCUUCUUCUUUCCCUAAAUAUAGAAUGAAAUACAAUUUGUCUUCCCAAAAAAGUCUCAGCUUUCCUUAAUUUUGUUUUUUCCAAAAUUAUAAUUUGUUUGGAAAUGUUUGAUUGGACGUGGGGAAGAGGAACCUUCAGUGUCGGAGAAGAGGAAGCUACAGUGACGAAGAAUUGCAAUGAAGCCCUUCAAUCAGGAGAGGCAGGUGGCAAUAGUCAUAGUGGAACAAUCCCCUACUACGUGUUAGUGAAUGGCUGUGAAAUUCCAAUUGAAUUUCUCAAUGAAGAAAGUUAUGUGACGCCACCACAACGUGUAAUGCAUUACAGAAGGUUUUCGCAACCGCUUGCUGAACUAACUACUACAUUAAAUAUUCAGACAAGUUUGCUGUUAAGACCUUUGUUGCUGAUUCAUGCAAUUCUAAUACCAAUUAUUCACAUGAUGAUUGCUUCACUGAUGGUUUCAGAAGUAAUAAGAUAGCAAAUUUAAACAAUUGCGAAUCGAGUGUGAGACGAAUGUCCCAAAUGCCAAUCGAGGAGAUGGACCGAUCAAUUGAAUGACUCUUUUAUAGUUUACAAUCAUUUCUGCUUGUAUUUCACAUUGUUUUAACUUAUUUUGUUUAUUUAACUCUGCUUAAUUGUUGUUGGGUUUUAUAACAAUA